CUGGAUGGGAGAGUCGGGUGGCAACCUCACGGCCAUGAUGCCUGGUGUGCCUGGUGUGCCUGCAACGAUGCCAUCACUGGCAUCGUUGCAGACGUGUUUAAAAAUCACAAUACCAUGAGCAAUGGAACUAUACCAACUUCUCCACAACUCCUGACACACUCCACACAGAAGACCAAAUGUCUACUCCGCAUGGUCUUCGUAAUCUCCCCCUCAACAGCCUCCAUCUUGUCCAUGUUCCUGAUUUCUCUCAACCGCUACGUGGCCAUCAAGCUGCCGCUGCGCUACUCCCAGUUCACUGGGAGGUGGACCUUGACUGGGGCCCUAGUAGCGCUGUGGAUGGUAUCCUUCACCGUUGGCUUCCUACCAGGUGGAACAAGAAUGUAAAUUAUCUUCUUUCAGAGGACACACAUGUCCCUAACAACAGGGUUUCAUUUAAAUUCAGGGGAUGAACAGACUCAAUUUGUGAAUUUUAAUUAGCUUCCUGAAUUGACUAAAUUGGGAUUGAAUUGACCCCAACAUUGAUUCUUGAUCAACUGGAUAAUGAACAUAAUAUAUUUUUAUAUUAAUAAUCUAAAUACUAUAAAUAUAGUAGUAUAUAGUAUGUUUAUUAUUCUCCUCUGCUCCACAGGCAUGGCACGGCAGCUACAGCAGGGAAACUUCGACAGCAGCAGCCUCUGCACCUUCUUCUCUGUCAUCCGUCCUAGGGGCAUCAUUGUGGUGUUCUGUGCCGGCUUCUUCCCCGUCCUCUCUGUCUUCACCUACUUCUACCUGGACAUCCUGAAGAUUGCCUGUGGCCACCAGAUGCAGAUCUGUCAGGCCAGCUCCAGGCUGGGCCCUGAGGACCGUGGCUCUGCUGGUGGGCUGUUUCACCCUCUUCUGGUGCCCGUUCUUUGUGGUGUGUGUGGUGCAGGUGCUGUGUGAGGGCUGUGCGUUGUACAAGGUGCUGGAGAACGACCUGUGGCUGCUGGGGCUGUCCAACUCCCUCAUCAACCCUCUGGUGUAUGCCUGCUGGCAGAGGGAGGUGUGGCUGCAGAUCGGGGCACUCUUCUCCUGCGUUAAGGACAGGUUCAGGAACACAGCCGUUUUAGAGGCUAGUGAGAGAUAUACCCACUCAUACUGUUAUAUCUGUGGUUGAUGCCCUGAGCCUGGACCCCACCUUCACCGCGGUCACCAGUGAAGAGGGCCACACUGUACCGCUUUCUGCAACCACCUUG